UCUGCUCAUCUUCUCCAAUCUCCUUCCUCUCUGCUCUUCUCCGGUGUCUCUGCGCCGCCUCCCCCUCCCGAUUUGCCACCACAUCCCAUCCCGAUGCUGCCUAUCCCAGCGCCGUCGCGUGCCUCCUCCACCGGCUCGCCAUCUUCCCCAAAUCCUGGCCUCCCUUAGCUCUCGCGCCCUCUGCCCACGACCAAGCCCGGCGGCGGCGGCGCAACCUGCCCCUCCACGGGCGGCAGAUCGGGAAGCACCCCGUAGAGCUGCGCCGCUGGCCUGCCCCGAAGAUUCUGCUCCCUUCGUCGAGUAGCGGCGGCGCAGCGGCUGGCAGGGCGUGCUCGGCGGUGGAGCGAGCAACGCAGCUGCAGAGCAUACCUUGGAGUAGCGCGUCGUCCGCUAGCUUCCUAGCAGAAGAAUGCGCCGGUGCUGCCGAGUUAUUCUGUCGACGCCGCCUAAAGGGAACCACAUAGCGUUGAGCUUCUGGACUGCAGGCUCCGACCUGCCCGACUGGUUCAGGAACCCAAAGAAGGACGGUGACUCUUUGGAUGAUGAUGAUGACGAUAGUAAUGACGACUUUGUGCUCCCGAUCAAGUCCGACCCCGUGGUAGAACGGAGCCACGGAAGCGUCUCCAAACCGCUGUCGAUCCUCCCAGGUUGUCCUGCGCCCGCCUCCCAUGAGGAAGCCGAGUUCGAGGCCGACAUUGACGAAGUCAGCAGGAUCCUGAGCUCUCACUUUGCGUCUCCGGAGGCCAUUGUGAUAGCCAUGGACUGCUGCCCUGUGAGGGUCUCAGGCCGCAUGGUUGACAAGAUUCUGAGGAGGUUUGGCAGCGACUGGGUGGCGGCGUUUGGGUUCUUUAUGUGGGCAGGCGCUCAGGAAGGUUACUGCCACCAUGCUGAUUUGUACAACUUGAUGGUGGAUAUACUAGGAAAGUUUAAACAGUUUGAUCUGCUGUGGGGCUUGAUCAGGCAGAUGGAUGAGAUCGGGUGCUUGGUAUCGUUGGCAACAAUGACCAAGGUGAUGAGGAGGCUCGCUGGGGCCAAUCGGUGGACCGACGCCAUUGAUGCCUUCAAUAAAAUGGACCAGUUUGGCGUCGUGAGAGACACUAAGGCCAUGAAUGCGCUCCUGGACACUUUGUGCAAGGAGAAGAGCGUGAAGCGCGCGAGAGGUGUGUUCCAAGAGUUGAGGGGGGUAGUGCCCCCCGAUGAGAGCAGCUUCAACACGCUGGUCCAUGGGUGGUGCCAGGCGCGGAUGCUGAAUGAAGCUCGUGAUACGAUGAAGGAGAUGGAGGAACAUGGCUUCAGUCCAUCAGUGAUAACUUACACCAGCCUGAUAGAAGCAUACUGCAUGGAGAAAGAUUUUCAGACAGUCUACGCCAUCUUGAAUGAGAUGUGCUCCAAAGGAUGCCGUCCAAAUGUUAUCACAUACACGAUCGUGAUGCAUGCGUUAGGGAAGGCCGGAAGAACACAAGAAGCUUUGGAUGUUUUUGAUAAGGUGAAGAGGGAUGGCUGUGUCCCAGAUGCUUCCUUCUACAACUCUAUCAUCUAUAUACUUGGAAGAGCAGGGAGACUGGAGGAUGCAAACUCUGUGUUUGAUGAGAUGUGCAGAACUGGAAUUCCCCCCACUGUUGCUAUCUUCAACACCAUGAUUUCUGCUGCAUGCGACCACUCUCAGGCAGAGAAUGCCCUGAAGAUUCUGGUCAAGAUGGAGGAGCAGUCAUGCAAGCCUGACAUAAAGACAUACACCCCAUUACUGAAGCUGUGCUGUAAAAGGCAAUGGAUGAAGAUACUUCCGUUCCUAAUAUGCCACAUGUUUAGAAAGGACAUCAGCCCUGAUUUCAGCACUUACAUAUUGUUGGUUACUUGGCUAUGCCGGAACGGGAAGCCUGCUCAGUCUUGUCUGUUCUUGGAGGAGAUGGUGCUGAAGGGCUUUAUGCCAAAGCAGGAGACAUUUGAUCUUGUAAUGGAGAAGCUUGAUAAGGGUAAUUUGCAUUCAGCAAAGAAAAAGAUUCAGCAUCUCAAGUUGCGGGCAGCUGCCCUGAAGCAUACUGGUUCCUCUUAUUCGAGAAAGGACGGUGAUGCUGGACAACGUUGCUCUGUACUGUCAAACGACUGUGGUGGUGAAUCUUAGCUGAUUAUUCCAUCUAUUCAUGGAAAUGCAUGCAGCACUGGUUAUCCUGCUAUCCAUCUAUUACAAUUCUGGUGCUCUGCUAAACUAUAUUUGGAACACCAGAAAUCCCAUAGAGUAAGGACAGCGAUCAAGUUCCCUAACAACAACUGAUAGUAUUAUGGCGUACAUUUUUGUCAACUUCUGCAAUAUAAAGAGAAUGAAGUAGCGGUUCACCUUGAAGCUUGCUUCAGCAUGUAAACAUGGUCCUCAAGCGCAAGAGAAGUAAUUUACGAAAGAGCAACUGUACAUGAACAAAGGAAAAUAUCUGUCGCUUGCAAUAUGGCAGCAUUCAGAGUGUCAGACUUGCAUGAACAAAAGCAGCAGCACUUUCAACAGUUUUGCCAACAUAAUUUUAUGGUUUUCUGUUAGAUUAGAUAUGAAGUUACAACCGCCCUCUCUUAGAACUCAAAACAGGCACGCCAGUAAUUGUUAUUGCACAUAUCAGUCAAUGCCGUUUGAUAUCACAAAUGUUUCUUCAUGCCUUGCCUCUCAUGUACAGUGUCAUUUGUAACUGAAAGAAUAACUACAAUAUAUGAUGGAUGGAGUAUAAGUGUCUAUUUAGAGUUAACCUCAA